AUGCCACCGUUCGCAGGCUCUCUCCUCCAAUCGCAACCAAGAUCAGACUCCAACAUAAUCACCAUCGACGUCGGUGGCCAAAUGUUCCAAACCACUAAACAAACAUUGACCUCAGCUGGCCCUAAAACCUUCUUCUCUAGAAUCUCCCAAACUUGUUCCCCUUUCACACCUUUCAUCGACAGAGACCCUGAAAUCUUCUCUCUCUUCCUCUCUCUCCUCCGCACCGGUAACCUCCCUUCCAAAGCCAAAUCCUUCGACCUCCAUGACCUCAUCGUCGAGUCCCGGUUCUACGGCAUCGAAAAUCUCCUCGUUAAUUCCUUCUCCAAUCCCUCUCAGUUAGAGCCUUUCAAUCUCCAGAAAUCGCUUCACUUGCCGUUAAAUGGAAGAGACUCUCCUUCUGUCAUCGCAACCACCCCUUACGGUUCUCUUCAUGUUUCUCACGGUAGCAAGAUUACAACGUUUGAUUGGUCGCUUCGUCGGAAAUCUACUAUUCUAACGCACUUCACCGCGGUUGAUUCUUUAUUAGCUUUAUCUCCGUCGCUCGCCGCUGCCGGUGCUAAUGACUUCUCCGGCCUGCAGAUUCUCGAUUUGGAAAAGGGUUAUGUUAAGGAGACACUUAAUUGGGAGAACGUGACAAAAUCGGGAUCCACCGUUCAAGCUAUUGGAUCCUCCCCGGAGAAUAUGUUCGUCAGCUUUGAAUCCUCCCGGAGAAACUCGAAUUCUAUAGUUGUUUAUGAUUUGAAUAGCUUGAGGCCCGUAACUGAAAUUGGCCACAAUGAAAUCUACGGCGCCGAUAUUGAUUCGGCCAUCCCGGCGACGAAGUUGCAGUGGAUUGAAAGUCAGAAUCUGUUAAUGGCGUCGGGGUCUCACAGCGGUCCUUCCGGUGUUUCCGGUAAUAUUAGGUUAUGGGACGUUCGCUCCGGCGAUAUUGUGUGGGAGAUUUCCGAGAAAGUUGAUUGUUUUGCCGAUGUAACAGUUUCUGAUUCAUUGUCUGCUAUGUUUAAAGUCGGUGUGAAUUCCGGUGAAGUGUCUUAUUUGGAUUUGAAGAACUUGGGUUCUGAGAAAAACUCAUGGGUUUGUUUAGGUGAUAAGAGAAAAGUACUGAAUGGCAAAAAAGAAGGGUUCGGUUGCAAAAUUGAAACACAAGGGAAUCAAGUGUUUUGCAGUAAAGGCGGCGACGUAGAGCUGUGGUCGGAGAUUAUAAUGGGUUCUUCUAAUGACAGGAUUUUCAAGAAGAAUUUGAUGGGGAGAGGACAAGAUAUUGGAGGUGCUAAGAUUACCAAUUUGGCAUUUGGAGGAAGUAGAAUGUUCUUGACAAGAAAAGAUUUGCAAUGUGUUGAGGUUUGGCAGAGUUCUUCAAGGGAACUUUGA